GGUUUCUGAAACGUUUCUCCUCUUCAUCCCCAACCCCAGCUCAGUGAACAAACCCCAUCACACACAUAUAUCAUAUGUUUUAUAUGUAUAUAUACCCAAUCCCAAUCCUCCAUUUCUACUCAAUCGCUCUCUAGCUCACACAUCUCUAUCUCUGCAAAUCUUUCUCAGAUCAUAAUAUCAAAACAGCUUGUUUUGAAUAAUCGCCAUGGAUUUCCACAGCCUCAACAGGAAGGAGCUCCAAGCUCUCUGCAAGAAAAACAAAAUCCCCGCAAAUCAAACCAACCUCGCCAUGGCCGAUGCUCUCCAAGCUCUUCCAUUGGUUGAAGGACUUGAGGAGUUCUUGAAUCAGCCCAAAUCCGAUGAUGCCCAAUUAGAUGACGAGUCUGUGCUUGGGUCGCCCGAUCCGCGGACUUCUUGCAGAACCUCUACAAGAAGGAAACCAGUGAUGGUUGAACCCAAAAGUCUGCAACCAAUGACUCGCACUCAGCGAGGAACGGCGGCUAGGGGAGGAGUGGCGGAAGAACCGGAAAGGAAUGAUGUUCCUAUUACUACUCCUGCAGCUAGGAGCACUCGUAGAAGGGCUCCAUCUUCCUCCGUUAAGGAUGAGAUUUCAGUGCAGACAGCAGCCUAUAGCACUAGGCGCUCAGUGAGAGUUUUGGAGAAAACGAUGCAAAAUUUGAGUAUUGCAUCUAAUCGAAAGGCCAAAGAGGACAAAGUUUUUUCUGAAGAAAUGACUGAGGCUGCAGAAGAAAUGGAUGCUGAAAUCGAGAUGGAAGUUUCAGAAAAAACCCAAGAUUUGAAUGUGUCAACUGAGCUCAUGGAAGAAACCAACGAGGAUAGCUUGGUUGAGACAAAAGCUGUGGCUUUGGUCAAACAAUCUGAUGAGACUAUGGAUGUUGAAGAUGAAACUAAAGACAAAAAGGAAGUCAUUGAUGUCCUCCUUGCCAAUGAUUCAUUUGAAGCUGAAGAUUCUCAUGAGGAUUCAUUUGAAGCUAAUGAUGCCCCCCUUGCUGAGGACUCAUUUGAAGCUCAAGAUUCUCCUGAGGACAAUGCCAAUCAAGAUUCUGUUGAAGCUAAUGAUGUCCCCCUUGCCGAGGACUCAUCUGAAGCUCAAGAUUCUUUACACAAGGAAUCAAAUGCCAAUAAUGAUUUGGCAUCUGAUUCUUUAGAUGCUGAAAUUUCUGAAGUGGAGCCCCACACUGCACUGACUCUGAGCCUUGCUGCUGGUCAUUCUGCUAUCCCUGCCAGCAAUGGAUCUGAGAUGCAUAAAGGGGAUGAUUUUGAUGGAAAGUUCGAUUUCGAAUUAGACUCAGAAUCAGAUUCUAAAGAAGCAUCUAGGGAUGUUGAAUCAGAGGAUGAAGAAAACUUUAGGGAUGUUGAAUCAGAGGAUGAAGAAAACUUUAGUGAUGACAGCACAGAAGAAGAAGAAUCUGAUGAUGAAAUCACUGAUGCUCAAUUAUCAGAAGAAGAAACAGAUUCAAAAGUUUCAUUGACAAUUCCAUCAUCUAUGGUCUCUGCUACCAAAAUGUCAGGACAGUUUCCUCGUCCAACAAUUUCAACCACACCAAGAAAAUCAUCUAGCAAGAAACAAACAGUGAUCCAGUUGAUACUCGAUGAGAAUAUUGAAGAAGACAGUAGCAGGGUAUGUGAGAAUGAGGUCAAGACAAAUGAGAAUGCCACUAAUGAUCAGAAAAAGAUGGUGUAUGAAGGAAAGAGUCUAAGGCAGCUACAGAAAAUUCUGAGAGAUAAACUGAAGAACCAAAACAAUAAGCAGCAAGUAGAGAAUACAACAAGAGUAGCUUUGCAGGCAUUGCCAGAGAAUCAUAUGCCUGUGGAUGAAGCUCAGAAGGGAUUUUGAGGAGAGAAUCAUAUGGAUUUGGGGGGAAUUCGGAUGGUUUAACCAUGGUUUGCCUCCUUGCUGGGUUUUUGCUUGUGAUUUUAUUUUUAGUUUGGUGAAGUAACCAAGACCAACUUUCGAGGGAUAUAUCUCAAUGUCAACCUCUCUUACUAUAUUGUAACAAGUAAGUGAUAAGCUUCAAAUGUAAUAAGUAACUGAUAAGCUUCAAAUGUGUUUGCUUGUCAUGGAUAUUACAAAUUCUUUUUGACAUUUCAAUUUGGAUUAUUACAUACACAUUUCAACUGA